UGAUAUUUGGUGAUGAGUGUUUGUAUCAGAUCUUCCAAACAGUUUUGUUACAGUUAUACAAUAAAGACAGUGAUUACAUGAAGUUUCAUGACAGACUCAGUUCAUUUCGAAACCAAAGCUUCUGCUUUGUGAUGGAACUAGAGAGCUGAGAGGUCUACAUCUUUGUUUGCUCUCACUCCCUUUUUGGUGCAGAUCUUGAACUUGAGCAACAUUUUCAUAUAAAAUCUGCAUCAAGAAAUGGAACACAAAAUGUUACCUGCCAUUGGAUCUGUUGUCCCUCGUGGUUUUUUUGCAGUCUUGCUCCUGCUGUUCUUUUUCUCCUCAUUCAGUUCUACAGAAGCCUAUGAUCCGCUUGAUCCAACUGGCAAUAUAACAAUCAAAUGGGAUGUCAUUAGCUGGACUCCAGAUGGCUAUCUUGCUGUUGUUACAAUGUACAACUUUCAACAAUAUCGCCACAUUCAGUCCCCUGGAUGGUCAUUAGGGUGGACAUGGGCUAAAAAAGAAGUAAUUUGGAACAUGAUGGGAAGCCAAACCACAGAGCAAGGGGACUGUUCAAAGUUCAAAGCAGGUAUUCCUCAUUGUUGUAAGAAGGACCCAACAGUGGUGGAUUUACUGCCAGGGACUCCUUACAACCAGCAGAUUGCAAAUUGUUGCAAAGGGGGUGUCCUAAAUUCAUGGGGUCAGGACCCCAGUAGUGCAGUAAGUUCUUUCCAGAUUAGUGUUGGUUCUGCUGGAACCACAAACAGAACGGUCAAACUGCCUAAAAAUUUUACCCUCAAAGCACCAGGACCUGGCUACACUUGUGGUCCUGCAAAGGUUGUGAAACCAACUACAUUUAUUACCAGUGACAAGAGGAGAACCACCCAAGCCAUGAUGACUUGGAAUAUUACCUGCACUUAUUCUCAAUUCCUGGCUCAAAAGACUCCGAGUUGUUGUGUUUCCCUUUCAUCCUUCUAUAAUGACACAGUAGUAAACUGCCCAACCUGCACCUGUGGCUGCCAAAACAAAACAGAAUCUGGCAGCUGCGUAGAACCAAAUUCACCGCAUUUAGCUUCAGUUGUAUCAGCAUCAGGCAAAGGUGCAAACACACCUUUAGUUCAGUGCACCAGCCACAUGUGUCCUAUUCGAGUGCAUUGGCAUGUGAAACUCAAUUACAAAGAGUACUGGAGGGUGAAGGUCACAAUUACUAAUUUCAAUUACAGAAUGAACUACUCUCAGUGGAACCUUGUUGUGCAGCAUCCCAAUUUAGAUAAUAUUACCCAGCUCUUCAGUUUUCAGUACAAGUCACUAACACCCUAUGAGGGCUUGAAUGAUACAAGUAUGCUGUGGGGAAUCAAGUUCUACAAUGAUUUUCUUUCUUCAGCUGGACCUCUUGGGAACGUUCAAUCAGAAAUCUUACUUAGAAAAGACAAAUCAACCUUCACAUUUGAUAAGGGAUGGGCAUUCCCGAGAAGGAUUUAUUUCAAUGGGGAUAACUGUGUUAUGCCUCCUCCAGAUGCCUACCCUUGGCUGCCAAAUGCAAGUUCUAAACUAGUUUUCUCUGUGCUAAGUACACUCAUAGCCACUUUAGCUUCUUUGUUAAUUGUUAUUUAAUCAAUCAUAGAGAAUAUGGAGGAACCAUCUUCUCUCUUGGAGCAAUGUAUCUCUCUCUUCUGCACCAGCUUGUGAAAGAUAAAGUCAUCCCCAUUCUCAAAAAGGCAUAGAAGCUGCUACCAAGGCAAUAAAAAGUAUCACAGAUGCAUAAAUGCUUGCCACAAGAAUUCUGUCCUUUAUUCACCGUGGGGAUUGCAUUUUACCCAGUAUAAGUGACACAUCUUUUAGCUUUUGAUUUGUAUAAUUAUUGUAAGUUACUUGCUUGGAUGAUAAUUAUUUUUUCAGAUUAUAAAAUAUCCAAUUUAUUUUUA